AUUGUUUUUCGAUCUGAAACUAAAUUAUGAAAAAGCCCUAGCCAUAGCGGUUGCUUUGCAUGUAAUGCCCUUGCCUUAUGCGGUCUCUUUCUUUUCUUUGUAAAAGUUUUUCUUAGUAAACCACUAGUUUUCCCUUUUGUGCAAUUAUACGCACGUUUUCUAACUAGAUUCUCCCCUCAAUACAAAGGAAAGAGUUGAUGUUCAUAAAUGAAAAAAUGACAACAAACAUUUUUUUUUUAAAGCAUCAAAAGGGAAUGUGGUAUGUGGCCUGAUAUGAAUAGAAGUACAAUUUGUGCAUGAUAAUUAGGCUUUAAACUGUGGCUUUUUAAAGGAAAAGGAGAGUUCUUACUAAAAAAAAAGAGGAAAAGGAGAGUUUCUCGUCUCUAAAUAAAAAUCUAACUCAAGUACUUUUAAGCCAAAUCAGGAGACUAAUCACCACCACUUUCAAGUUUACAUUCCUUGUACUCCCUUUUGGGUAGAUCAAGCAUGCAAUCCUAUCAAGGUUGGGUUAGAUUCAAGUUGACCAGGACCUUAGGUGAGUCAUCAAAUGGCUAGUUUAAGCCAGCUAUCUGUUAGAGGGUCCGGCAAACUGGCGAGGCCAGGCUAAGUUUAGCCACCUUUAAUUCUAGCCCUUGGAGAACCCACUGUCAACUAAACAUAUGCCCAAAUGGUGACCAUUAAAGAUUUAAAAUAACUUCUAACAAAUUUUUUUUUUAAAUAACAAAAAUCAUAACAUCAUAAGAGGACUUCCAUUACAAUAUAUAUAGUAAUAAUGAUAACUUAAAUAAUCGUCAUCAUCCUGCUCUUACUUUGUUAUAUCAGUCAUUAUAUGAUAUUAACGGGCACAAUCUGACAAAUUCAUCAGUCAUCAUCAUUAAUAUAAUGUUCUCUAAAUUCAAAAUGUCUAGACUAGAUUUAAAACUAAUUUUUGAUUGGAUAAGCAGUGGUGAAGCAAAUAAUAUUGUUUAAUCAUUCUUAAUGUUAUUUUCUGUUAUAAUAACUAAUGCUUCGUCAUCGGACAAACUAUACUCUUCUGAUACGAUGAUUGAUCGGAUUCAAGAUGACACGAAGUACGUAUGAGUUCAUUCAUUUUUUUGUGAUAUAUCAGUUUCUCUAUCAGUGCUCUGCUAUGAAUGUUUGUCAGUCUAUUGAAAGAUGAAUAGUGCCGUAAAUUGAAUAAUUUUUUUUUGUUACCGAUUACACUGAAAAUUGAUUCUGGUACCAAAAAGAUAAAUAUCUUCGGAUAUUAUGCAACAUCUUGUAUAUUGACUUUUUGAAUUGCUCUCCCAUUAGAAUUGUAUGGGCAUAAAAUAAAAUAAAAUAAAAUAAAACAAAAUAAAAAAUAAAGACUAUACCCAGCAGAACGGGGGAGAUAACGGUCCUGCGGGGGUUCAUUGCCCAUUGGUUCAUAGGUCUGCAUGCAACGGUAGGCAAGAAUUAUUAUUUUUUUAAUAUUUGUUAAUAUAUUUUGAAAUAAAAAUAUGCGGGAAAAAGGAAAGAAACUCUGGGCCUGAGUCUCUAUCCACGCUCCUUGAUUCCAAUAGAAAGAAAAUCCCAAAAAACAGUCCUGUUGGGAUAUACCGGCUGACCCCUAUACGCCGACUUAUCCUCGGAAUGGUCCGAUCGACGUCCGAUUCUACCCACCGGACGGACAGACGACUCCGACAAUGACUGCCGACGAUAUUCAACCGAAGAUAUGCUGGCCGAACAGAUCAAUACCGUUUCCAACCGGCCGAACGAUCGAACCCAUAUCACCGACUCACUGUCGGGGGUGGCGGCCGACGUUCGACUUUCACAAAGCACCAGAUCAGCCAACAGUGUUUUUGAGUCAUCAUCCGACAUCCUGACAGCCGAAUACCGACAUAUAGUCGGCCAGUCCGUCCAAAUGCCGUACAACCGCUAUGGGUUGUUGUCCUGUCAAGGACAUGCUGUAUGACCGUCCUGGGGCAUUGUCCUGCAAAGGACAUGGAUUAAUUCCAAUGACUUGACAACCCACGACGAUUUGACAGUCUCCGACGAUUUGACAACUCCCCAAUUAUCUGCACCAUUAAUAGAGGGAACAUACCGUAUUAUACUAUAAAAUGGGAUAAGACAACAGUUUUGGUAAGCUCUCUCUCUCCCGCUGAACUUAUGGGUUUUUUCACUGUUGCCUAGUCUCCUCCUUGACUUGAGCGUCGGAGGGUCUUCGCCGGAGGUAUCUCCGAUCAGUGAGGACUUUCCUUACAGGUGCGCGUCUCCGACGAUCAGACGACGAGGGAAUUGGCCGCAACAAGCCCAAAGAGAGUAGAUUCGUGAAUCCAUCUCGCCCUCUCUUCCCGUUAUCCGUCCAAAGAGCACGAACAAUAUGCUUUCAUUGAAUCCUCUAUUUUCUUUCUGUUACUGGACAAGCAAAAACCGAAGCAAUUGGCUGUUUUCAUGGUUCUAUCCUCUCUUUUUCCUUCCUAUUUUUCACUACAUUAAUUACAUGCUUUUCUUUUCCCUUGUUCUUUAUCGUUAUCCUCGAUCUCGUUUCGCUUAUUAUAAUGCAAAUCUUGCUGCACAUCUUUAGUUCCACCCACUUUUCCUCCUUUUGUGAUUAUAUCUUAAUGGAAAUCUCUGGCGAAAUCUUCCCUGCAGUUCGCGUGUCAUAAGUGCAUGCAUGUCAGAACAAAGGGAGCUUUCCAUGUGUUCUGUUCUCCACUGCCCACAGAAACUGAAAGUCUUUGUAUAUCUGGUUUAUCUUCCACUCCAUCAUCAUCUUUUAGCUUCUAAUCUGCACCAGCACCCUUCAUCUUCUGGUUCUGCAUUUGAUUGAGCUCGAUGGAGCCUGGAGAAGACAGGAAAGGAAAGAUGCCUCUUGAAGGGGGAGAUAUGCCUGCAAGGAGGCAUAGAAAAAAUCCUCAUCAAGUAGAAGAACUCGAGAAGGCCUAUUCUGGUCCACAUAAUCCAUUUCUUUCUGGGUUUCUUCUUCUUCUUCUUGUUCAUUUUCCCCCUUCUUAUUCUUAAAACUUUUUGAUGAGUUGCAGAUUUGGUUCAUUUAAUUGUAUUUGUUUAUUAAUUUAGUUUGGUUGAUCAGAGGAGAACAGUCCAACAGCAGAGAUGAAGGAGAGUCUGGCAAAGAUGACUGGGCUAAAUUUCAAACGAGUCCAGGCCUGGUUCGGGAAUAGGAGAUCUUACAACAGGUUCAGGGGAUGGAUCAUCAUCACAGUCAGCUCCGCCAAGGGCACCACCGCCAACACCACCUCUGACCGUGCCAGUGCUGCCUGUUCUGCAGCAAGUGUUGGCACCACCACCACCAGAGUCGCAGCAGCAGCAGCUGCAGCAGGCGGUGCAUUCUGAUUCAUCGGAGGCUUUGCCAGAUCUCCCAAUUAUAACCAUCUUGAGAAUAUUUGUGUUCCUCAUUUGUCGUAUUUUCUGUAGAAUUGCUUCAUAAGAUUCAUAGACUAUCACAAUGUGAUGUAUGAUAUUUGUAUCUUCAUAUGAUUGCUAUAGAGCUUCAAUUAUUUUCAGAUGCCCAUUUAUCUGCACAACUGAUGUUCCUUUAAGCAUCUGUUUCUGUGCAUAUAAGUUGGAGUGCAAUUAGUACAAACCCACCCUUCAUCAUGAUGUUAUUUACGAAGCAUUAUAUGACUUUGAAGGAAGCUAAUUUUGAAUUUUGUUAUUGACACAACUUUCAUGUGAUAUUUUAGUAGAGUUUAGGACUUAAGCACAUAAAAGAUUCGCAAAUGUUAGUCAUUCUAACAAGAAAACAAGCAGCGCUUCAAAUCUUAUUAUCCAUCACCAUGUUGGUUAGGAGCUGAAAUUUAAUAAUUCUAGUAAAAAUGCACCCAAGAGAAUAGAAAAGUAAAGGAAAAUAUUUUAUUACAUUAAUUAAGACUGGGAACUAUAUAGAAAGGAAAGAGUUCAGGAAGAUCUAUGUCAUCUUGGGAACUGCUUUGCAAAGCUUGUCUAAGCUAAAAAAUUUUCCUGCUUCUGCAUUGUUACUGUUAUGACAAUCAUGCUUGGGGAUCAUGAGGAAAUCUUUGUUCCUAGAUUGUCAAUUUCUUGUAAUAUAAGAUACUUCUUUCUUUAAAAGGGAUUUAGACCUUGAAUUAUCCAGAAAAGGAUUUAGAUGCAUUAAGUUAGGACUUCCACAUUAUCAUCAAACACUUGAAAUUUACUUCCUGUUUCAUUUCUGUUUUCUAUCAGUAUUAGUCAAAUGACGUGUUCACAUUCAUUUUCUUCUCGUCUAGGACCAACUAUGACAGCAAUGCAGUAGAAUCAUUAUGGUAAACUAAAUAAGAUAAUUUAUUUACAUAAUUGAUCAAGGGGAAAAGAUGUGCCAGAGUGGGCAUUAUGAGUUUGAAACUUCAUUUUUGCUAACAAUUUUUAUUAUCUACAUGGGUAGGUGUAGAAACACAGUAUCAUUAUGACAAUUGCUAUCCUUUAUGUUAGAUCAUGAUUUCUUGAAUUUUAAAAGAAUUGGCCUGGCUGUGGUUAAUCAUUUCAUAUAAAAGGCAAUUGUCGAAUAGCACGUGAUGAUCUUAAGGCUUCUGGAAAGAAGACAUCUUAAAAAGAGUAUCAUUUGAUGCAAAGAAGAACUAUAUUAUGAGAGAAUCUUUGAUCUUCAAUAAGCUUUCAUCGGAAUUUAUGAUCUUUUUAUUCUUACAGUUAAAAAUUUUCUCAAAAAUGGUGGUGCAGAUUCUUCUGGGCUUAGUUGUUGAUGGAGAUUGAUUGCUGACUUCCUCUAUGUUUUCUUCUUUUCUAUUUCUGAACAGCUAUUCUGGGGCAAACAGGGAAAUUAUCCCAAUCUUAUAAGGAAAAUGUGAAUCUUAUUGAGGAUGAGAAACUGGAACUUAUGGAGCUGGCUGCAUCAAAUCUAGGAUUCCCCUCUAUAUAUUCACUUGACAGUAAGACUCUGGAGCAGCUUGAUUUGUUCAAAGAUAUGUUAAGCGAGUUUCCUCCAGAAUCUGUACACCUAAAAAGGCCUUUUGCAGUUCAGCCGUGGAUUGAUUCCGAGGAGAAUGUGACGAAUCUUCUCAUGGUUUGGAAGUUCUUAACUACUUUCGCUGAUCUCCUAGAACUCCGCCAGUUCACGCUUGAUGAGCUUGUUCAAUCUCUUCAUGAUCGCGAUUCAAAACUGUUGGGAGAAAUCCAUGCGUCUCUACUAAAAUAUAUCAUCAAAGAAAUCGAAAAUGUUUCAAGGACUCAUGCUCCAAGUUCUGGUGACAUCUAUCAGAGGAUUGUUAAAGGAGCAUUUGCGUGGAAGUUUGACAUCCACUGCUCGCAGCGCCACUUGAAUUUCAUGACGUGGCCUGAAAUAUUAUGUCAAUUUGGACUGUUGGCGGGACUGGGUCCUAACUUGAAGAAAUGCUCUGCUGACACUUCGUAUUCGUCUAGUACCAAUGAGAAUGGUGGAUUGCACAAUUAACUUUAGGAGAAUAUUCUGAUCUUGAUGCUGGGGAACGUCUUAAUGCUCUUGUUGCUGUAAUAGAUAUGUCUAUUGCAGGAAAUUCAUUACGCAUUAUUCUCGAGGAACGCUUGGAAGCAGCAAAUGCUCUGAAGAAUAAUAUGUGGGCAGUGGUGAAGGGAACUGAAGAAGAAAACAUAAGCAAGCCCUCACAGUUCGAUCAUACAUUCAUCAAAAAGCAGAAGGAAUUUACAAAUAUAGGGCCCUACCGCUUGGUCAAGAUCGCAGGCACAAUCGAUAUUGGCAGUUUUCAACGUCUGCUUCUUUAAUGGAUCCUGGCCUAGGAAGAAUUUUUUUUGAGUCGAAAAAUGGCUUGUGGAGGGUCAUUGAUUCAGAAGAGGUAGCUGUUUUUUCAUGCUAACCUUUUGUUUAACAUGUUAUGUUGCAAACACCAUGAUUCAGCACCAGUUACAUUAUUGUCAUUCGGCUGACAUAAUAGAAUAAUAUGUAACCAGAAUUUUCAGCCGUUUGUAGAGUCAAAUUCAUUUCUUAAUUCUCAAGUUGUAAGUGUAUGUCUACCUGGGAAAUAAAAGUUUCAAAGGUGCAUUUUUUGA